AUACUCCUUCCAUUGGCAAAUCAUCUUAUUUGCCUCCUCAAAUUAAGGGUAAAUACACUUAAUUUAAGAAAUUUUAACUCAUUUUCAAAAUGUGUUUGCAGUGUAAAGGUGAAAAUAUGCGGCAUUCUUGAUUAAAUUAAGAGGGAUUGUCAUUAACGACUUUCUUUAAUGGUUGGUGGAGACAUCGCUGCGGAAUAAAGGAUAGGUCGAAACUUUGCCCUGUGCCUUAUCAGCCGUCAGUGCGGAGAUAAUGGCUUAUCUAUUAAACUCCGGGCAACGCACUAUACAAACAUCACAUCAGGAUUUAUAGGGCUGGCCCUCACACCAUUAAAGCUUCUGCGUGGAUCCACGUCGCAAUGGGUCAGCUUAUGUCCAAACAACCACAAGUUCAAGUCAUUCUCCUCGGUCUGGACAACGCUGGGAAAUCCACCCUCCUCUACAAGCUGAAACACAAAACGAGCGUCUCCACCGUGCCGACCAUCGGCUUUAACGUGGAGAUGCUGGACGCCAGAAAGAACAGGAAGAACAUCGCCGUGACCAUGUGGGACGUCGGCGGUCAGGGGAUGAUGCGCGAACACUGGAAGGACUAUUACCAAAACGCAGCGGCCAUCGUGUUCGUGGUGGACGCCUCCGACUUGCGGCGCAUGGAGGAGGCGCGCAGCGAGCUGGAGAAGACGCUGCGGGACGAUCACCUGCGGGGAUGUCCGCUGAUGCUCCUCGCCAACAAGCAGGACGUGAGAGGCGCGCUGACGGUCACCGACAUGAAGGACAAGUUUAACAUGAGGAAGAUGUGCGUGGGCAGAGAAUGGUUCGUCCAGCCUUGCUCCGCUUCCACAGGGUUCGGAGUGGAAGAGGCUUUUAAGCGUUUGGUCCAGAUGGUGAAACUUCCCUCUGAGCCUGGAGCUGUCAAAGACAAUAUCAAGGAUAGCGUGCACUACCUGCGAUCGAACAGCAAACAAUGAACUUUAUUUAUAAGAUAUGUUUCUCUUUUAACUUAUUUGCUCCAACUGCAAACUGCAGCAAUCACUGUAACACGAAAAUAAUGUCAGUACAGUUCACUGUGUUUAAAUACACUGUAAAAGUACAUUGUACAAUUUUUUUUGGAUAUACAUUACAUUUUAGUCAUGUUUGCAAUCUACUUUGUUUUGUUUACAAUGUUUCCCCUAAAGUUUGAAAUGUUAUCUAAACAGAAUAAGCUGAGCGAACCGAUACCAUGGUCAGCUCCACACUAAUGCAAGCCUAUCAUGUCAUUCUGCCAUUGUUUAUCCUCUUAAAAUCCCUUUACAAAUGUGUAAUUGUUCAACAGAUAUCAUUUUUUUAAUAAAUAGUGUUUCAAAUGGUAUGGACUGAAGUUUAAAAGUUAACUUAAAGUUUUUGACACCUGAUCCCCAAAAUGAUCUUCAGCCUAAAUCAUAUCUGGAAAACCAUAAGACAUUAAAACUAAAUCUAAAGCCCUGGACUCUGGGGUACAGUAGGUUAACUGUGUGGUAUAAUGCUUCUAGGAAGACAUUUUUUUUUUUUUAUUAUUUUUUUGUGUGUGUGACUAAUGAAAUAAGCCAAUAAAAGGCAAAAAGUUUAUCCUCCUGAUUUUGUGUUUAGGUGUCAUGAAAGUCUGCAUGUCUUUAAACUAUUCAAAGUUCAAUAAGAAAAAAGACUGAUUGUCUAAGCACCACUGAGACCUACUUUCACGUUGGUUCAUUG